AUGCGUGAUGAGAGUUUUGAACCAUGGCAGCCAUUCUAUGCUCUUUUACCAAUUAUUAUAGCAAAUCAAGAAAAUCAGAUAGAUUUAGAAAAAUUUAUUAAAAAUACAAUUAAAUUGUUGAAAAAUCGCGAAAGUGUUUACUGUGGAUGGGGUCCAUCUAACUAUGAAGGCCCCGAGAUGGUUCCUUUAUACGGAAAUUUAAUUUUAUUAGGAUUACUCGGUACAGAAGAAGCAUACGAACUUGCCGAUCGAAAGAAAUUCUAUCAGUACAUCAUGUCAUGCAAAAAUCCAGAUGGUUCAUUUUCAAGUUCACCAGGUUCUUCUACUGAUCUUAGAACUACAUUUUCGGCAUUAUUUGUCGCAUGGAUUCUUAAUAUUAUUACACCAGAAUUAUCCGCAGGCCUUGUUGACCUUGUAAAAAGUUGUCAAACGUAUGAAGGCGGAUUUUCACCAAUGCCAAACGCAGAAACACACGGAGGUUAUACAUACUGUGCUGUAGGAAUCCUAUACAUCCUCAACAAGCUAAAUGAAAUCAAUAUUAAUAAAGUUAUAAGAUUUAUUGCUGAUCGUCAAGAUUCUUUCUCUGGCGGCUUUAAUGGUCGUACAGGAAAACUUGUUGACUCGUGCUACUGUUGGUGGGUGGGAUCACCUGCUCGAACUCUUGCGAAUUAUUUAGAUAUCGGACCAUUUUGGGACGAUAAAGCAAUUUCUCAAUUUUUAUUACGCAUAGUUCAAGGUAAAUACGGAGGAUUUUGCGACCAUCCUCCUGAUUUUGCUGAUAGUUUCCAUACACUUUUUGGAUCCGCUGGUUUAGCUGUUGUUGGUAAUUUAGAACCCGAUUGUUUAAGUGGGGUUCCUACGACAGAAACUAUUUCCUCAAUUCCUAUUGAAAAAUUCGAAAAAAUCAAGAAGUACUUUGAAUCUAAACCUUUUACUCCUUAA